AGCCCAGGGCGUUGGAAGGGACACGCAGACAUGGCACAGUACAAGGGCACCAUGCGGGAGGCCGGCCGCGCCCUGCACCUGACCAGGAAGCGCGAGAAGCAGAAGGAGCAGAUGGCGGUGCUGAAGCAGCGCAUCGCCGAGGAGACCAUCCUCAAGUCAAAGGUGGACAAGAAAUUCUCGGCUCAUUACGACGCCGUGGAGGCCGAGCUGAAGUCCAGUACGGUGGGCCUGGUGACGCUGAACGACAUGAAGGCCAAGCAGGAGGCCCUGCUGAGGGAGCGCGAGAGGCAGCUGGCCAAGAGGGAGCAGCGGGAGGAGCAGCGGGAGCGCCAGCGCAGGCGCGAGCACAGGCGCAAGAUCUCCUGCCUGUCCUUCACCCUUGAUGACCAUGACGACCAGGAAGGCACGACCAAGGCCAGCAAGAGCAGGAACCUGGGCAAGGAUCCCGACGUGGACACGAGCUUCCUGCCGGACCGUGACCGCGAGGAAGAGGAGAAUCGACUCCGGGAGGAACUGCGCAAGGAGUGGGAAGCCAAGCGCGAGAAGGUGAAGAGCGAGGAGAUCGAGGUCACCUUCAGCUACUGGGACGGCUCGGGCCACCGGCGCACGGUGCGCAUGCAAAAGGGCGGCACGGUGCAGCAGUUCCUGAAGAAGGCGCUGCAGGGGCUGCGCCAGGACUUCCGCGAGCUGCGCUCCGCAGGCGUGGAGCAGCUCAUGUACAUCAAGGAAGACCUCAUCCUGCCUCAUUACCACACCUUCUACGACUUCAUCGUCACCAAGGCUAGGGGCAAGAGCGGGCCGCUCUUCAACUUCGACGUGCAUGACGAUGUGCGGCUGCUCAGCGAUGCCACCAUGGAGAAGGAUGAGUCUCACGCGGGCAAGGUGGUGCUGAGGAGCUGGUAUGAGAAGAACAAGCACAUCUUCCCCGCCAGCCGCUGGGAGCCCUACAACCCUGAGAAGAAGUGGGACAAGUACACCAUCCGAUGAGACCCGCC